AUGCUGAAGUUACUUGUCAAUGAUUUCUUUCCGCAAGGUAUAGAGGAUGAAGCAACAAGACAAGUGAUUGAUAUUUACCAUUUUUCUUUCAAAGACUUUGAAGACGUUACUGAUAGAGAUGCAGAUAAUAAAUGUGAGACAUCAGGAGAAGAAGUCGAGAUCAAUGGAACUAAAGAGGCAAACACAGAAUUUGAAGAAGUUACAGAAAGUAAACCAGAUAUGACAGAUGAAUGUGAAAAAGAAGGCAAAGAAACGAAUGUAACUGAAGAAGCAGUCCAAGGAAAUGAAGAUGAAGUAGAAAAAAAUAACCACAAUCAUCAAAUUAUGGCAAGGGAACCAUUGAAGAAACUAAUAAACAUUACCUAUAAUAUUACGGACAAUGAAAUGCUGAAAAUUAUUCAAAAACGUACAAACAACUUGAUCCAAGAAGUGUUAACAGCAACAAACAGAGUAAGAACUUCACAUGAGCCAUUAUUGUCCUUACCAAAAAGACGUACAAAAAGGAGGCUGAGGAAACGUUUGUUAUUAAGGAAAGGUUUAAAAGGAAAUGUUACAAAGAGAAAAGAAGAUAAAGCUGACAUUGUAAAUGUUGAAGUUGAUGGUGAAGUUGAUGGAAGUUUUCAUCAAAUGGAGACAGAUCAAUUUGAAUGUUUCUCCAGUGACUUGACAGAUGGCCUACAAUUGAAUUUAGAGCAUUGUAUAGAUGAAGAAGGAGAAAAGGUUAGACGGCUGUGGGCUCUACCGCAGAACUUCAACAUUCCGGUUGCCAAGGUGUAUGAUGUUUGUGUGACUGACACUGAUAUCAGAUCCCUGAAAGACAGAGAAUGGUUGACCGACAAUGUUAUUGACACCUACCUUAAGAUCCUCACUGUUGAGCUGGAAGAGUCUGGUGGAGGGAAAUGUAUGUUCCUUGUCAGCUCAACUGUACGGCAAAUAAUGAAUAAAACCUUUAGUAGCAGGACUUCCCACAAGUUAAGUGACUACAAACUUGUUGUUGGAGCCUACAUCAGAGCUUCACAUUGGACACUUGUGGUACUGGAUUUACAGAAGGAGAUUGUAUACUUCUACAACCCUGUAGAAGGAGCGGAAGAUAUUGAAAUGGCUUUUAUCAAAUCAUCUAUGUGUGGUUUCAUUGCAAAAUGCAGUCAGGAGAAUGAAGCAGACGUGGUUAGAAGAUGGCGUGUUGAUGUACUUCCCCAUUCUUCACAAACAGAUUCCUUCAACUGUGGUGUCUACUGUUUACUUUUUGCAGAAAAGCAUUUGCAUGGUGAAUUUGGUGACAUCACAAGGAUAACAUUUGAAACCCUUAAAGACAUGAGGUUGAAAAUUGGGAAAAAAAUGAUGCUGUUUGAAGUGUACAUCACAGAUUGCUGCCCGAAAUGUGGGAUGAAUGUUGAGGAGCAAGAUCAAAAGCUUCAGUGUGAUACCUGUGGUAGGUCAUAUCAUUUUAAGCCGUAUUGUGUUGAAGAUGAUAUAAACUCCCUUGGUGAUGGAGACACAUUUUCCUGCAUACUAUGUAGAUAUAAUUACUGGAAAUGUCAUUCAAAAAAACAGUGUAUUGGCAACAAUUACACAUGGAUUGACAAAGACCAGGCUUUGAAUGAUCUGUGUGAAAGCAGUAGAGUUGAUGAAGAAGAAGUGAUGAUUGUUGAUCCAGCAGUAACAGCAGAAGAACCCAUAGUUAUCAAAGGUAAAAGAAUACUGCAGCCAAGGAAUAAGCAAAACAGGAAAAGGACUUCAUUUGUUUACCCAGAACUUACUAAGAAGAAGAAAAGUGCCGAUGAAGUGUACUGUGUUUGUAGGAGGAAAUGCAAGAAAAGUGAUUGCAUGUGGUGUUGCGAUUCAUGCAAUGAAUGGUUCCAUCCAAAAUGUAUUGGUAGAGAUGACGAAGAGGAACCACCCAGAAAUGAAACGUCAUUCCUGUGUAAGCCUUGUCUGACUGAGCAAUUGAAAGAAUGGUCCGUAGAUGGAAUAGAAUCACUUCUUGGUUCUACUGUCGAUGAAGAAGAUUUAGACGAAGAGGAUUUUUUUAUCAAAAUGGAGGAAGUACAGAAGCAUCUCCAUGCCUUGGAUGAAGCGACACAUAAUGUUCACAAAACAGAGAGGCUUACCACAUUUACAAGGAUUUGGGGAAGCUUUGUUCAGUCCACAGGCCAUUUGUAUGAUAAAGGUGAAUUUAAGAAAAAGAUUCCAAAAGUUGAAAGAUUCCAGUUCAAUCUAUUCAUUGCAUUAUGUGAUACCGUCGGUUGCAAAUGAGGAUUUGAAAUCUUUUUUCGAAGAGGAAACAGGGUAAGCAGAUUUAUUAUUUAAUGUUACUAUUAAUUAAAACGCAGCAAUGUCUUUAUUUCAGUGUGUUAUUUAAAGACUUCUUGAAGUGACAAUUUAUUACUUUACAGCAUUUUAUGAGACAUAGAAAGAUAUACUUUUCCUAUUAUAUUUACUUCAUAACAGCGGGUGUUAAGUGCUGUGUUGUGGCCAUACAAAGUCACCCCAACUUCAUUUCAGUGUUGCUGUAUUUUCUGAUCAUUUGGGAUCAUUGAUUUCAACUCAUUUAGAUUUCAAGAUUGAAUACCGCUUAAGAGGGUGAUAGGGGGUGUGGGCAGUAUUGCA